AUGCUACUCAAUGUGCCGUCUCAUGAUAUGGAAAAGGAUUUCUACAUAACAGAAUAUAUGAGUUAUGGGCGAUCUCAGAUGAACUGUACAAUAAAAAAGUUUUGUUCAGACUUCAUCGUCAACGAAAUAACACCAGAUGGAACUGCAGAAAGAUUUGUUUUAGAAGUACCUUUGCCAUAUAAGAUGGAAAUAGACGUCGAAAAUGAGCAGAAUGAAAAAACUUUAGCAAAUUUAAAUGAUAUACCUACUCCAGAAGGUGUCACCCAAGAAUUAAUUUCGAAAAUCGAUGCUCUUGUUGGAAAAAAUUCUGAUUUUGUUGAAAUAUCAGUUAAAGUUGGUUCCGAUUUUGUUCUACUGAUAGAUUCAAUAUGUGGCGAUAUCUUUGGAAGACCGGGUAUGGAAAAGGAAAAACGAACAGUUAUACAUGAAUGGAUUCGUAAUCGAUAUAGUAAUCGUUUGGAUUCACAAACAAUAGACACUGCGAUUCGAGUUUUCAUUUCAGAUAGAAAUAGCAGAAAAAGGAAAAAUUGGCAAGCGACUCUUCCUGAUUAUAUUCAUUUCACAUUGUGUAAAGAAAACAAAGACACGCAAUUUGCUCUUUCUACGAUUGCAAAGGUGAAAGUUUCUUCAUUUGGUAUUUGUGGUACCAAGGAUCGUCGAGCUAUUACUACGCAGCGAGUUUCUUUGUAUCGAUUUGAAAUUGAGCGAUUGAAAAAACUUAAUGCCAAAUUGCAUGGCAUCAAGCUCGCAGACUUUACUCAGCAUUCGACAGCAUGCAAAUUAGGUAGCCAUUGGGGAAAUAAGUUCAAAGUCAUUUUAAGAGAUGUGCAAUUUGAAGAAAAUGAUUUGCUGAGUAGAAUCGAGGAUUUAAAAGCAAAUGGUUUCAUCAACUAUUUUGGAUCUCAGCGUUUUGGAUCAUGUGGUAUAAAUACAGCUGCAGUUGGAAUCGCGAUUUUAAAACGGCAAUGGGAAGUUGCUGUAAAAGAAAUUUUGAGACCCAGAGUUAUUCAUGGUAAUAUGGGAGAAGCUCUGGAUGUAUGGAAUGCAUCCGGUAAGGCUUCAGAAGCCUUAAAAAAACUUGUUGACUGCCAGAUACAUUCUACUAUCGAGGGACAAGUGUUAUCAUCUCUUAAUAAAGACGAAAACAACUAUUGCACUGCAUUGAUGAAAUUAGCACGAAAUACACGCAGCUUCUAUGUACAUGCUUAUCAAAGCUUAUUAUGGAACCGAUUAAUGUUUUCCACUAAUCGUACUUUGAAUUUUCAUGUUGCUAGCCAGAGAGUGAAAAUAAAAGGAACUCGACCUGUUGCUGGUGACUUAAAUAUUCAAGGUCAGAAAAUUGAAGAUUUUGUGAAUGAGGAGGUCGCUUUACCCCUCAUCUCGGGGUCUCAACAAAUUCUCGAUGAUGAAGUUCGAGGUUGGUAUGAAGAAAUGAUGACCGUGGAUGGUGUAACGACAGAUAUGGAAUAUGCAAUUGGUACGGUUAUGCGUCCUUUGAUUGUUAAGCCACGCAAUUUGGAAUAUAAAAUAUUGACCUAUCCGAAGGCUGAUACGAGGUUACAUGCAGAUCUUGAAAGAGAUAUUGACUCUGAAAGUAUUGGAACAGGCGAUUUUCAAGCGAUUGCGUUAGAAUUUUUGUUACCUUCUGGAUCUUAUGCAACUGUUGCUUUACGUGAAAUUACAAGAUGUGACAUGAGUAAAUUAAGUCAGAUAUCUAUGGCCAAGAAGGAAACUGAUUUUCUGAAUGUACAUCAACAAAGAAGAAUGAGAUUGAGUGUUAAGGGACCUAAUGGGAGGUUAGAAGUUUUCGAAAAUGUAGGAGACUGGAGCUUUUUCAAUUUACGAGAAGCAGUAAUUCAACGAUUCAAUUUGACACAUGAUUUCGUUCUAUAUUUUGGUAGUUGUCAGCUACCAAUAAAUGACUCGAAAUUGGUUGACUCCAGCUUGGGGUUGGUCACUGGAGAUCGUCUAAAGCUGGUUGUGAAUGAAACAAAUGGUCUUGCUAACAAAUGUGGUAAAUCAGUAAUCUCAUCAAGAUGUGAAAACAGUGAAUUGGACAAUCUUGAGAGGAAUGAAACUGUUUUCGAAGUUGUACUUGAAGAAAUGAAGAAUCGAGACUUUAAGGCCUGGCUUUGCAUUAAACGGGAAAACGAUGAUACACGUUGGACAUUUCUUCAUCCACAUUCAGUACUUAUUGUGGAAAUUGAUUUCCGUGUUUACAAUGAUCGAUUAAUAAAGUACAUUCAUGCUACUGCUAGUAUUAAUCAUUCAUCGAGACGCAGAUUUCUGGAUCCAGUUAUUUUGGAAGAAAAUAGUUCUGAAUCGAGGAAAAAAAUAAUUGAAAACUUGGUUUCACCGAUAGAACUGGCGUUAUUGGGACCUACAGCAGCUAUUGUACAAUAUACAUUUGUUCAUGGUCUUAUGUAUUCAUAUCCUCUUUGGCUAUCUACAAAAUUACUUUCAGAUAAAAAUACAUUUUUGCGUUUACUUGGAAAUAGCGCAGUGGCUGAAUGCUUAUUGAAGAAAUUGAAUGCUAGAAGUAUUUUGCGAUUAGAGAUUACCAGUAAAUAUGCUCUGGAAAUAUGUAGGAGUGAAGGAAUGAACAGAAUUUGGAAACUGCUGUACGAAAAAGAUUUUGGAAAAAAUUUGUGUUUGCGGAAAGAGGUAUCGUAUCGUGAGGCAUACAAAAAAAUGUAUAUGCGGCAUGUAAGAGAGCGCGAUUACCUGCAUGAUUUUGAAACCAGCACUCAUCUCGAUGUUCCUGUUCGUGGAUCUUUUCCAUAUCAGCCAUACAGGCCGCUAAAUCCCGAUCCUGACAUGCCUCAAGGACCAUUUCAACCUGUAUUCCAUCAUCCUUUCACACCACCUGCAAAUCCUUUUCCACUAUUGCCUAGAUCAAGAAGUCCAUUUGAUCCUUUUAGUGGUAGAGAAUUGUUACCCAGUCGUCCUGUAAGACCGAGUGGCGUUCCUAGAAUACUGCCGCGCGGUCCUCACUCACUAACUGGCAAUAAUCCAUUUGAUACAAAUAAUGAUUUCAUUUGA